UCCAUUUCUGUUCUGGAACACACGAGCUCUCGUGAAGAAUACCCAGUUGCUUUUUUGAAAUUGUCGUCAAUUGUAAAUAGAGUUGUAAGACGGUUGCAAGGUGACGACUAACCGAAAUCUAUUUACAUCCGGGAAGAGAGUGAGUUUUAUUCGCUAGAGGACACGUAGCACCAGAAGGAACGAGCUUUUAUUCCUAUUUUAACUUUAGUGAGCGGCGUUUUCCGCCGUUUUUACUCCCUCCCCUGUCCCUCUCUCGCGCUCCCCCCGUGAGAGUCGCGGCCUGUAGUAGAGCCACGAGGCGCGUCGGACCAUCGUAAACUAGGCGAUGGCGGAGUUCGGUAACGGACUGGCAGAAGAGUCUCUGCUGGACUCUGACCCGGGUCACUCAGAACUUGAAGACCCAGGCGUCGAGGAAGAACCAGGAUUAGACGAGGGUGAGGCCGCUAUUGAAGAUCCGGAGCUGGAGGCAAUAAAAGCCAGGGUGAGAGAGAUGGAGGAGGAGGCAGAGAAACUGAAGGAGCUACAGAACGAGGUGGAAAAACAAAUGAACCUCAGUCCUCCACCUGCCGGCCCUGUCAUUAUGUCUAUUGAAGAAAAGAUGGAAGCUGAUGGGAGGUCUAUUUACGUCGGGAAUGUGGAUUACGGUGCAACAGCAGAAGAGCUAGAGGCACAUUUCCAUGGUUGUGGCUCUGUAAACAGAGUCACCAUCUUGUGUGACAAAUUUACUGGACACCCUAAAGGGUUUGCAUAUAUAGAGUUUGCAGACAAGGAAUCUGUUAGGACGGCAAUGGCACUGGAUGAGUCUUUAUUCCGAGGAAGGCAGAUUAAGGUUGGCGCCAAGAGAACGAAUCGUCCUGGCAUUAGCACCACAGACCGCGGUUUUCCACGUGCUCGUUUCCGCUCACGGGGAGGAAACUUCUCGUCCCGAGCACGCUACUACAGUGGGUACACCCCCCCCAGAGGCAGAGGACGGGCCUUCAGGGGCCGAGGGCGAACAACAUCGUGGUACUCCCCUUACUAAUACCUCCCUACCCCCUAUGAACCCCCUUUAUUAUCACCUCAUGUCCCCAUAGAAAAGAAUAAAGAUCCCUGUCAAAAAAGGAAGGAAAAAAAGAAGAAAAAAAGAAAAAAUAAAACAAAACGAAAAAAGAGCAUCUCCUGGAAAGACAGACUGACUGGCCGCAGUGUGCGAUUGUGUGUGCGUGUGGAGGUGGUGCGAUCACCCUGGUAAGGUACAAUAUGGCCGUUGGGCAGAUUUGACGGCAUUUGUUUAAAUUUGAGAUGAUGAUGAUGUAAUCUCAGGCUGCAGAUGUGUGUCCUUUUGUCUGGCUGUGAUUUCUCUCACCAAACGGCCCCCUUCAUGUUUGCACUCAACAUAUGCCAACUGAAAAAAACAAUGUUAACUUUUUUUUUAAUGAUUGUACCGUGAAAAUGUAAAAGUUCCAGUAGCAAGAAUGUUGUUGUUUUCACUAAGUUGUGCUAUUUGAGAAUCAUAUUCUAUUAUUUGUCUGUGCUCUCUGGAAUCCCUUUCCCCAAGCACUGGUUUCUUUCCCGUCCAUCCCUCAUUCGGAUUACCACCUUUACCUGCGGUAUUCCGACAGUGGUUUAUAGUUCACUAUGGUUUUUAAGUUGUAUUGUUCUUGAACCAUCUCCACAUCAUACGACUAUUGUACUAUGGCAUGGCCUGAGCUCUUUUGAGAUCUGUUUUUUUUUUUAUUUCUUUCUAAACUUUUUCCGUCUCAUGUUGCCAUACGCCAUUCCCGAUCAUCUUUUUCUUCCUCUAUUCCUAAUGCUCCCCCCACCCCCUCUCUCUUGCUCUCUCUUUGUAUUAGACCACUUCUUGUCGUUUCAGGUUUCAGGACCAGUGGAGGCUGACUACCCCUCCUCCCGUGGCCGCAGCACCCCCUACUGUCUCGGCGGCGUCUCUGUCUCUAUCUGCUCCCGCUAUGCACACUCACCCGAUCCUCUCU